CCUAGAAAAAGUGAGCGUUGGUUUGGGUAGAAUAUAAAUAUCCUGUUGGUGUAUUUUGUUGUUCCAGUGAAGAAAUGCUUGCAGACAUGUUGAAUCCAACCCCAAUGGAUACACUAUCAAUUGGGGAGAUGCAGAAACCAUUUUACCCAGCUGCCGACAAUGAACAGCAACUAUUUUUUUGCAUUUCUUCGAAUGGUUACUAUGGCUAUCAGCCGGUAAGGGGUGAAAACGUGCCAGAGCCCAUGCACAUUGACGAUUCGGAUAAAACGUGCCUCGAACCAUGCCGCGGGGUUAAAAGGAAACUAGCCACUGAUUCAGAAAUAACUACCACAUGGAAGAGAAAGUGCCAUUAUGAACCGCCAAUGCCACCUGUAGAGUCUUCACCUUGUCUAAAGUCAUCACCAACGAAACGGUAUUUGGAAGAGGAUCUUUUAAGGGAAACACAUGGUUGCAGUUACUACCAUUGGGUUGCCAGUUUGUAGCUAUUUUGUGACUCAAUAUCGAAUUGCUACUAAUUACUAAUUUAGUUUGAUAAGUGUAUUCGUGUUUUUAUAUGUUCUAGAACUGAAAUAAACUUAAACUAGUUUCUC